UACGGUUAUCAUGAUAUAAAUAUAAGACAUAUAUUAUCAUAACGUGCUUAACAUGUGAAAUUUUAUAAUGAAAUUAGCUAGCUAUAGACUUAUAUGCUGAUGCUCCGGGAACUACACUGGCAAACCCAAGAGAAGUACACAGGCCACCCUCUUCUUUCUCCUCACACAACGCCACACGUAACAUCUUGAUAAUGGACAAUGGAAUUGGACCGGUGGACGGGCACAAGGCGGUGUCGAACGGCGUGGUGGCGUGCCCCGUGGCAUUCCGCGCAUUGUCAUCGCCGGCGGCGGCCACGGUCACCUCCGCCGAAGCCACGCUGGGCCGCCACCUUGCGCGGCGGCUGGUGGAGGUGGGCGUGAGCGACGUGUUCGCCGUGCCGGGGGACUUCAACCUGGCCUUCCUCGACCACCUCAUCGCCGAGCCCGGGCUGCGCCUCGUCGGCUGCUGCAACGAGCUCAACGCCGGCUAUGCGGCCGACGGGUACGCGCGCGCCAGGGGCGUGGGCGCCUGCGCCGUCACGUUCACCGUCGGCGGGCUCAGCGUGCUCAACGCCAUCGCCGGCGCCUACAGCGAGAACCUCCCCGUGAUCUGCAUCGUCGGCGGGCCCAACUCCAACGACCACGGCACCAAUCGCAUCCUCCACCACACCAUCGGCCUCCCCGACUUCUCCCAGGAGCUCCGCUGCUUCCAGCCCGUCACCUGCCACCAGGUCGUCAUCAACAACCUCGACGACGCCCACGAGCAGGUCGACAAGGCCAUCGCCACGGCUCUCAGGGAGAGCAAGCCCGUCUACAUCAGCAUCGCCUGCAACCUCCCCGGCGUCUCCCACCCGACCUUCUUCCGCGACCCCGUCCCCUACUGCCUCGACCCGCGGCUGAGCAACAAGAUGGGACUCGAGGCGGCGCUGGAGGCCACGGUGGAGUUCCUCAACAAAGCUGUAAAGCCGGUGAUGGUGGCGGGGCCGAAGCUCCGGGUGGCCAAAGCAGCCGCGGCGUUCGCGGAGCUGGCGGACGCGAGCGGGUACGCGGUGGCGACGAUGCCGUCAGCGAAGGGGCUGGUGCCGGAGACGCUGCCGCGGUUCAUCGGCACCUACUGGGGCGCGGUGAGCACGCCCUUCUGCGCCGAGAUCGUGGAGUCGGCGGACGCCUACCUCUUCGCCGGCCCCAUCUUCAACGACUACAGCUCGGUGGGGUACUCGUUCCUGCUCAAGAAGGAGAAGGCGGUGAUCGUGCAGCCCGACCGCGUCACCGUCGGCGACGGCCCGACGUUCGGGUGCGUCAUGAUGAAGGACUUCCUGUCGGAGCUGGCCAAGCGCAUGAGCAACAAGAGGAACACCACGGCGCACGACAACUACCGUAGGAUAUUCGUGCCGCAGGGGCAGCCGCCGGAGAGCGAUCCCGGCGAGCCGCUGCGCGUCAACGUGCUAUUCAAGCACAUCCAGAAGAUGCUCACCGGCGACAGCGCCGUCAUCGCCGAGACCGGCGACUCGUGGUUCAACUGCCAGAAGCUCAAGCUGCCGGACGGCUGCGGGUACGAGUUCCAGAUGCAGUACGGGUCCAUCGGGUGGUCGGUGGGGGCGCUGCUCGGGUACGCGCAGGGAGCCGCCGGAGACAAGCGCCUGAUCGCCUGCAUCGGCGACGGGAGCUUCCAGGUGACGGCGCAGGACGUGUCGACGAUGCUGCGGUGCCAGCAGAAGAGCAUCAUCUUCCUCCUCAACAACGGCGGGUACACCAUCGAGGUGGAGAUCCACGACGGGCCAUACAACGUCAUCAAGAACUGGAACUACACGGGGCUCGUCGACGCCAUCCACAACGGCGAGGGCAACUGCUGGACCGCAAAGGUUACUUGCGAGGAGGAGCUCACGGCGGCGAUAGAGACGGCGACGGGGAAGAAGAAGGACUGCCUGUGCUUCAUCGAGGUGGUGGUGCACAAGGACGACACCAGCAAGGAGCUCCUGGAAUGGGGUUCCAGGGUCAGCGCCGCCAACUCCAGGCCACCCAAUCCGCACUAGAUACAUGCACAUGUGUUGACAGUAAUAAAAUUCAUCUAUAUAUAUAUCAUACCGA